AAGUCUCUACUUUGCUCUCGCGCAGUAGCGAUACGGGAGCGGCAAUAUGCUUUACAAAGAGCGAUCAGUCCAAUAGAUUCUUUACAAAGCACAUUCAUUGUGAGCAGUGAUAGAAGAGAGGAGCGUUUGUUCUUUAUUAACAUAACAUUUCAUCCUUGAAAGAUACACAUCUUACCCAGUUUCGAUGCAGAUCUUAAACAUACUUGUUAGCAGCAUUGGGAUUACCCUUGUUUGUCUAAUCGUUUCUACGCACGGAUACAGGGCUACUACAGCGCGCGAAAUGAUUAUUCAAAACCUAUGCGUCUGUCCGUGCGGCAAUCCUAGAGGAGGAAAGUUGUACACCACGCCAAAUAUACGAUUGAAUUGGUUCGAUGCCGUGUCCUACUGCAGCUCGCUCGGAAUGUCGAUCGUUACGAUAAAGGAUACCAACGAGCGCCAAUUAUUGCAGCUUCAUCUGGACGGAGAUCGAAGAUUGACACGAUCGCAGAAAAGAAGCAAAAUACCGUACUGGAUCGGAGCGAAUAGUUUGAUCGCCGGACAGGGGCUUCGAUGGGGUCUCACUGAUCAGGAGGUGAAAGAAUCUGCUGAGUGGGCUGAUGGGGUAGCGCCGGCCAAUAAUAGAAUGGAGCCAUUCUGUGUUUAUAUACAGGGCUCUACAAUGAGUUGGGUUGCGACUUCUUGCGAUGAUGAACCGAGGCAAUUUAUUUGUGAAUAUUAGAAGAAUAAUAGGACCAAUGUAAAGCAUUAAAAAAAUAAACUCCUCAAAUGUUUCUACCGAGAAAA